CGAUUUUCGUCGUCUAAGCAAGGUCAGCUGAUCGUUGACGACAGCUGAGCAGCACGGCAGAGUAGUUCCACGCGCGAACAGCGAGUGACACACGCAAGCACCUAAGAUGGCAGACAACAACCAACCAAGCCCUCAGAGACUGGGACCUUUGCAAUUUUUAAUUAACAACAAGCUGGAAACUGCCAUGUGGCUGUCCCGCCUCUUCACCGUCUACUGUUCCGUUAUGUUCAUACUACCAAUUUUGGGGCCCUACGCUGCGUCCAACUUCUAUCAACGGGCACUGCUGGCCAAUGCGCUUACCAGCGCCCUGCGCUUGCACCAGAGGCUACCCAGGUUCCAGCUGAGCCGGACGUUCCUGGCGCAGGCGCUGCAAGAGGAUAGCUGUCACUACCUGCUCUACUCGCUCAUCCUCGUCAACUCCUACCCCAUCACCAAUAUCCUUGACAUCUUCCCGGUCUUCCUCUUCUCCCUGCUCCACGCAACCACCUACACUAAAAAGGUCCUCGAUUCGGUGGGCCCCAGCAGCCUGAUGUUCAUCCGAAACCUCCUGGACAAGAUGUCGGCCAAUCAGCAGAACAUCCUCAAGUUCAUCGCCUGUAACGAGAUCUUCUUGAUGCCCGCCACCGUCUUCAUGCUCUUCAGUGGUCAGGGAAGCUUGCUGCUACCUUUCAUCUACUAUCGCUUCCUCAGCCUGCGCUACACUUCCAGAAGAAACCCAUACUGCCGCACUCUGUUCACCGAGCUCCGAAUCAUCCUGGAGCACUUCAUCAUGAAGCCUGCGUGCCCCGUCUUCUUCCGGAGGAUGUGCCUGAGCAGCAUCGCGUUCGUCAGCCGUUUGGCUCCCACCGGUGUCUGAAAGCCGUGGCCUCCCUCCCCUCUCCGGCUCCCUCUUUGCAUUUGGCCACCGCCGCCGAGGAUGUGACUUCCAUUUUGGAUGAGGACACACAAUGGCGGCAUCACUGGAGGACAUUUUGUUUUUAUUGUUGCAAUGACAACUUGGCAGCGUGCUCCACUUCAAGACCAGCCUGUAAUGCACUGAAGUAUCUACAUUUUUUGGGGGGGGGUCGUCCUCUUCUCCCCCUGUCGUCCUCCUGUAAUGUGACCUCAUCAAAACUGUGAACCCGCCGCUCUUUUGUUAUGCUGGAGAGCAUCGGACAUCUUAAUGUCAUUCUAUGACCUUAUUUAUCAACUAAUGUUCUGGGAUUAGUAACAAAAUGAUCUUAAUUUAUAUGAUCACAGAUUAAAACAUGCCGAAAGAGGAUGUAGGCAAUGGUGAUGAUUUGUGUGCAGUUUAAUAUUUACCGUAUUUUCAUGACCAUAAGUCGCACCGUAUUAAAAGGCGCAGUUCCAGUUACGGGGUCUAUUUCUGUAUUUAACACAUACAUAAGGCGCAGGCAUGGUAAAACAUACGCUAUCUUAAAACAUACGGUAGCAUGCAUGCUGGCGUAUCUUUCAAAAAAGGCAGCGGGUCAAAACUGACUUCGGUUGUACUUUAGUGAAGUAUUUAACAGUGUGCUCAAUGUUAUUUUUUGAUCAAUCCUCAUCCACAAAUCCAUCUAAGUCCUCAUCUUCUGUAUCCGAAAUGAACAGCUGGGCAAUUACGCCAUCAAACAUGCCGGGUUCCCUCUCAUCAUUGUCGGAGUCAGUCUCGUUGCCGCGGGGGCUGUUCAGCAAUGAUGAUGGCGUUUUCCUGCUUCCUCCGCUUGUGACCCAUGGAUUCGUUGAUCUUGAAUUCUCUCGCGGCUGCUCGAUUCACAUGUUCCUCCGCGUAACUGUGCUUCGUGAGCGUGUCUCUUCGUAGGUACCAUUUUCGGGGGUCCUUAGCCAAACCGAUGUUGUUUUGCACAAUGCACAUAUCGGCACUAUAUACCUAGUGGGGGGCGUGCCUUUAGCAUUCUCUUUCACGCGCACCCUUCCCCCUUUAACGUCUGCAUGCUGUCCUCAGUCACGUCCGCCUUUCCUCUAUAUAAGCAGCGUGUCGGCAGGAAAUGCUCCCAGUCAGUCCAGCCGAGCGCUCAUCAAAGUAACACAACAACAUUUACAAAUUUUGGAACUCUGUCCACGCCCAAGGCGGGCCGCAUUAUAAGGCGACCCGUCCAUUUUGGAGAAAACUUAAGACUUUUAAGUGGGCCUUAUGGUCAUGAAAAUACACGAGUUUCUUUUUUGUAUGUACUCUUUAAAGGCCUAACUUCACUCCUUUUUUAUGUAAAAAUGUCAUCUGUUGUAUUUUAUAGGACGAGCAUAAAUUAUGGAUUUAUAUGAUGUUGGAUUUCUCUUGGAAAUGAACUGCAUGAUGCAUGUCAUCCAUUAAGUGGAAGCUGCACUGCUUUUCAAUGCAUUGUGAUUCAAUUCCUCUCAUAUAUAUUUUUUAAUGCAUUUACUCCCCUUGUACUAAUACCUUUGCUUACAUGUGCCCUAAUUUCUUUCUCUGAUGUUCAUUAUCUUCAUUUGCCAAGAGAUGAACCACGUUUUUAUCGUGAGAUGCGCUCUUAAAAAUUAUGAAAUAAAAUAAAGUAGUGAUAACA